AGUGUGGACAAACAAGCGUAUGAGAAAAAUGUUGACGGGACGCCGCCCAGUGGCUGCUCGGGUAUAUUUGCUGCCUUUGUGCUCUUCUCUACCGCAUCGCUUUCUGGUUUCUGCGUCCUCGCAUUCCCUUCAGGAGCCGGAGCCGUAACCCCGAGAACUCCGAGCAUUUUCUGAGGGAAUACGACUAAGAUUUGCUUUCUGCAGCUCCUCAUUUCCCCGGAGCUCGGUGUUCCAGAUCGAGCUGCAGUUCUGAAGCAUUUGAAAUCUGAUAGGAUUUCUAUUUAAGAUUUUUGGAAGUUAAUUUUGUUAAACUAUUGCGAUUGUAUUAUUUGUCGAAAUAACUCAUGGAAGGCGCAUUGAAUCUUCUUGGAGGCGUGACUAUUUCCCCUGCCUCUACUAGUAGAACACCGCGUUGCCAACCUCUACUGUCUCAGCAGCUUCAUUUCGUGUCAUCCAUUGCGCAGAGUGCAGGACUGUACACCAAUGGGAAAAGAUUAUCCUGUAGACGUGUAGGUUCGAGAGUCAGAUGUGAAGGGAGCCUCCUAGAUGUGCUCGACAGAAAAGCGACUGAGAGUAGAAGUUAUGGUGAAAAUGAGAAACAGUUUACUUGUGUCAUGAAGUUUGGUGGCUCAUCAGUGGCUUCUGCAGAGAGAAUGAUGGAGGUUGCUGAACUUAUAUGCAGCUUCCCUGAGGAGCGGCCAGUGAUUGUUCUUUCGGCCAUGGGAAAGACAACCAACAAACUUUUGCUGGCUGGAGAAAAAGCUGUUAGUUGUGGAGUUACUAAUGUAUCAGAUAUUGAAGAGAUGAAAUUCAUAGAAGAGUUGCACCUGAAGACUGCAGAUGAGCUUGGUGUAGACAGGUCUAUUCUUACAAAACACCUUGAUGAAUUGGAACAACUUCUCAAGGGAAUUGCUAUGAUGAAAGAGUUGACUCUACGAACAAGAGAUUACUUAGUUUCCUUUGGAGAGUGCAUGUCCACGAGGAUUUUUGCAGCAUAUUUAAAUAGGAUUGGUGUCAAAGCCCGUCAAUAUGAUGCCUUUGAAAUAGGAUUCAUCACCACAGAUGACUUCACAAAUGCUGACAUUUUGGAAGCAACCUAUCCUGCUGUCGCAAAAAGGUUACUUGGUGAUUGGAUAUCUGAUCCUGCUAUUCCUAUAGUUACUGGCUUCCUUGGAAAGGGCUGGAGAUCAUGUGCAGUGACUACGUUGGGAAGGGGUGGUAGUGAUUUGACUGCUACUACCAUAGGCAAAGCACUUGGAUUGCGGGAGAUUCAGGUGUGGAAAGAUGUUGAUGGUGUUUUGACAUGUGACCCUAAUAUAUAUUCAGGUGCAGAACCUGUUCCCUUUUUGACUUUUGACGAGGCAGCUGAACUUGCUUAUUUUGGUGCUCAGGUCCUGCAUCCACAAUCGAUGCGACCUGCUAGAGAGGGUGAUAUUCCCGUUCGGGUUAAAAAUUCUUACAAUCCUCAAGCUCCAGGGACUCUCAUCACCCGCAACAGAGAUAUGAGCAAGGCAGUGCUAACAAGCAUUGUUUUGAAACGCAAUGUAACUAUGUUGGAUAUUGUUAGCACUCGCAUGCUUGGUCAAUAUGGUUUUCUUGCCAAGGUGUUUGCAAUCUUUGAGGAUUUGGGCAUAUCAGUUGAUGUGGUUGCUACUAGUGAAGUCAGUUUAUCACUGACCCUGGAUCCGUCAAAGCUUUGGAGCAGAGAGCUUAUACAGCAGGCAAGCGAGCUUGACCAUGUGGUGGAAGAACUUGAAAAAAUUGCUGUCGUGAAACUACUCCAGCAUAGAUCAAUCAUUUCUCUCAUAGGAAAUGUUCUAAGGUCAUCACUGAUACUAGAAAAGGCAUUUCACGUUCUUCGCACCAAUGGAGUAAACGUUCAAAUGAUAUCCCAGGGUGCUUCUAAGGUCAAUAUCUCAUUGAUUGUAAAUGACAGUGAAGCCGAGCAGUGCGUUAGGGCUCUCCAUUCGGCCUUCUUCGAAACCAAUGGACUCGAAUUAGAUGGAGAAUGCAUAUCUCAAAAUGGUUCAGUCUCAGCUGGACACACUGAGUGAGCAUUGAAAACCAUUUAUUUUUGUCACCGGAAGCUGCAUUUUUCGACCAUAGGAGGAAGGAGCGAAUACAUAGAGAUCGAUAUAUUGUCUUAUUCUCGAAAUCGGGUGAGUCGAGAUAGUUUCUUCUAUUGGUUUGAUUAGGUAGACUGUUGCUGCUAAUAGUGUAGUGUUUUAAUUAAUUCAGAAGAGAAUAAUCAGGAUUCAUGAUUUAUGGCGUACACUAAGUUUCACAAAAAUGUUUAGUGUGCUUUUUAUGGCCUAAUCCAUCUGCUUUUAUGGUCUC